GAGCUAGACUCUCGUGGAGCUCAGCCUGAAUCACAGACAUCCCUGCUGGCCUCGCAACAUGAAUGUGCUUGUUCUCUCCUCUCUGCUUCUCACAGUUUGUAGCAUCGUCAGGACCUUGGGGUUGGACCCCUCCAAAGCCGAUGUUACGGCACACACGACAGCCCCAAACCGCAUCAAGCUGAACACGACAUCUGCAGCUAUCGAUCUUCAGAAUGAGGAAGAUGCAGAACUAGACCAUGAUCAAGAGGAAGGGUCACUCUCAGAUGCAGAUUUGCCUCAAGUUCAGCUUCUGAGUAAGCCAGAGGACAGAGGGAAGAACCGGAAAAAGGGAAAGGGCAAGAGGAAGUCCAAGAACAAAGGCACCCCCGAGAGCACGCACAAGACACCAAGCCACACGCAAUACCCCCCCGGGCACACUGACAUGGAGGAUCCCUGCUCCACCACGCACCAGGAUUACUGCAUUCAUGGCCACUGUAAAUACAUGGAGGACCUGAAAGCGUCCACCUGCAUCUGUAUACCGGGUUAUGAUGGGGAACGCUGUGGGAUCAGACUGCUGAAAACCGAGCAGAAAGAGUCAGACAUGGGCAAGAACACAGUAGUGAUCCAGACGGUGUUGGUUGUCAUCGCUGUCGUACUGUCCCUCAUCAGCUGUACCACCAUCGUCCUCAUGAUGUGUGCCCAUUACAGGACACAGAAGAACUUCUUGGCGGCUUACCUGGGAACGAGCAGCGAGAAAGAAAAGCUUCAAACAAAUGUUAACAGCAUUGUCGUCUGAGGGAGAAACAAAAGGUGAAGAAACUCACUCACCAGAAGGUAUGAACUCCAGAGCAGCAGAAAGAAAACAGAAACUUCUCAGUCCAAAUUUUUAGAAGUACUGUACCAUAAGUUUUAUUUAUUGAUUUGUAACUAUUUAUUGAACAACCACGUUUUAUGUCUUACUGUAGAUGGUUUUUUGUGCAAAUGUACAUCAACUUGUUUCAUUUAAUUUAUUUAUUUAUUACAAUUUGCUCAAAUUAAGCAGUGCAUUGUAAAUAAAUUUUUAAAAGGUU